UCUGUCACAGCACACCCAUCCCAGUGUCUGUCUGCAGCUUCAGCCUUUGUUCCCUCUGGCUGCCUUUCUCAUCACAUCAUAUACUCUCUACCUCAUUCUCACUGCUGUCUUGUGUUCCUCAUUAGGCAGCACAGCUGUCAGUAUGCUCCCACGAUAGCCAGCUGAUGAAUUUUCCAUAGAUCCAGAGUAGUCACGUGUCGUGUUAUUAAACAUACAUAUUGCUCUCUGUUGUCAAAUGCUCCUCUUGGUCAAAAGGAAAGAGAAAUUGACUUGAUGGAUAUUAUUCUUAAUAUACUGGGUCUACCUGAGAACACAUAGUAUUCUUUUCCUGAGGUUCUCAGAGGUCAGCAGGUAUGUGUUAUUGUGCUGGUGGUGGCAUCAUAUCAAGUUUAAAAGGUACUAUUUCACCUCUUUUUAAAAAUUCAAAUGAUCAAUGUUUUUUAUUGUCAUGUAUAUUGUUGUUUUCAUUGAGAAUGCUAAUAUUUGUAUUUACCAUCUUAAGAUGUUGCUGUGGGAUCCUCGUGUUUAAUAGGAUAUAAUAAGAAAAGCAAGAAGUCUCAUUUGCUACUAGUCUUUGGUUCCUCCAGGCUGCAUUUAGCCCUAGGAUGUUCUUUUUUUUUUUUUUUUUUUCUUUUCUUUUUGGAGCUAGGGACCGAACCCAGGGCCUUGCUCUACCACUGAGCUAAAUCCCCAACCCCCAAAAUGUGUAGCCCAGACUGGCCUCGAACUCGUGAUCCUCCUGCCUCUGCCUCCUUCAGCAAAUCCUACCGGCGUGUGCCACCACAACCGGCGCAUUUAGAAUCUGCCAGGUGUUUGGAUGGUUGACAAGCUGCAGACUGGGAAGUUGAUAGCAAUAAAAUUAGAACACUACCUGGAAUAGAAGCCUCCUCCUGAUAGGGCAAUUGUGAUGCUGACAGUGCUGCUUGACCAACCUCUCAUAGAAUACUGUAUUUAAAAAAAGUUAGCCAACAUCUCUCAUGGUGUUGAAAAUUGGCACUUCGAGAAUAAAAAUACUUUUUUUAUUUUUACAUUUAUUUAUUUUUUUGUGUUAUCAGUGUGUACACACAUAUGCUUAUGCCAUGUAAAGGCAGCGUGCUUCUUUCCCUCCACCAUCUCUACCAUAUGGGUUCUGAGGAUUGAACUCAGGCCAUCAGACUUGGCAGCAAGUGCCUUGACUAGCUGAGCCAUCUCACUGGCCACUGAAAGAAAUUUUUAUAAAGUAUUAUUAGCUAACAGUAUUGAGAUGACUGUUGUGUGCCUUGCCCUAAAAUAAUUCUUAGAUUUCCAGCCUCUAACACAAGGCCAGCAAUUCAGAAUGCAGCGUAUUUCUGUGAAAUUGUUAGACAUAUAGUUCUCUGAAAGCAGUCCCUCUGACCAUAUACAAACAAACAGUGUAGAGAUGAUUCUUGCCGGACACACAGGGUACAUUGUAAGCACUCAGUAUUUCAUGAUUGAUGAAUUAGCAGGAACCUCUGCAGAGCAGCACACAGGUGGUUAAGAACAGCAGCUCUGCCACCAGCCAGGGCUAGCCCCUACCUAGGUGGACCUUUAUUUACUGCCUGUGCAUUUUCCUCCCUCUGCUUGCUUCCCUCCUACAGACUGGGGGCCAUACCUAGUUCCUACCCUGUAGAUCAGUUUGACAGGAGAGUAGGUAACUUAACUCUGUAGUGUUUAGAACAGUGCAGAAUGAGUGGAUACUUAGAGAAUCUGCUAUCUUUGUCCAUGACAAAGGCAUAUUGUUUUUAUAGGUUUCCAUGUUGUAUAUGAUGGGUUUGUUUUGUUUUUUAGUAGUCCCAGUAAUUUUGCUUCCUGUUUCCGUAAUGACUUCUUUUUAUAGAAACUAAAAUGGCACCCACCUUCUUCCUGCCACUCAUUCACCUUCACAACACUGACAGGUUGCUUAUCUUUUGGUCCCUGAACGGGCAAAAACAGUGGGCACAGGUUUCCCAGGAAGCUAUCUCUGGCAGUUCCUACCAAUUCCCACACAGUCUUAGCAUUCCCUAGGCAUCAGUCAGUGCCUACACAAAGGACUUUCAGAUGGUAAAGCAUGUGAAAAUACAAACAGGUCAACAUUCGGGCUCUCUAGGGACCCUACCCUCCAGAACAGACUCCAAGCUGACAUUUUCACAUGCUACUUGUAGGAGUUCCAGUAGGGUGGGUUCAGUUGUCAGGCUCCUGAACAGACCCCUCCAUUACCUAGGGCUGGAGUACAUCUUCCUCCCAUGUUCUUAUUCUGAGGAGAUUAAAUUAAUAGAUGUGGCUAAUGAGAUACUAAAGGCCUGUGAUGUGAAUGAUAACUACUGGGCAGAAGACAUUCAGUAUUUUAAAGUAUUAAAAUAGCUGUUGGUAAUGUUUGAGGAGGUUUCUUCUAGGUCAUCACUUAUUUUUCCUUCAAUUACAGGAAAUCUCUGGCAUAAUCACAUCUCUAUUGUUUUUAUUAUGACGAUUUCUUUUUUUCUAUUUAACAAAGAAAUUAGGUUAGGUUCAGAAAUGACUCACUUAAAAAUAAACGUGGAUAUUAAAAACACGUUUAUGUUGUAUGACUUGUUUCCCGUUAAUUUUAAAAUGCACAAAAGUAGAAAUACUUGCAGUGACUUGGAAUGUUCUUCUGAGACAUCUUUCAGGGAUGGUGCCUGUUUUGCCUGAUGCUUUAGGUUCAGGGGAUGGAGCUGUAAAUUGGUUUUAUUUGGGUCCCUUUCAAUAGUUUAUUGUGUACUAAUAUUUGUUUCCUUUUUAGCAUUUUAUUUGUAUAUGUUUCUAUAUAAAAUAACUUUACAGACACAUAAAACUAAAGAUAAAUGUGAAGGACAGAAUCCAAGUGAUUUGGAGGCUAGAUUAUUAAAGAAAUAGGUAAUUAGGAUUGAUUGGGUUUAUAGUUAGCUCUAAAUGCUAAAAGUCCUGGGGUUUUCCCACUGGAAGCCUAAGUGGCAUGUCUAAAAUUCCAAAGGAGGGGCGGGAGAUGUUCUUAGAGGUUUCUUUAUGUGUCUUCCUGUUUCUUUUCAAUGAGUUAACCCUUAGAUGAGUCCACAGAAUUCGGCUGUUAAGAGUCCUACACAACUGGAAAUUUCCAUAUCCAUUUCUGUUAUAGGACUGUAAUAUGUUUUGAGUAAUUUUUAAGGGGCAUGAGCAAGUAGAUGUGUGUUCUCAACCAAGCCCCUUCAGGUUGGCAGUAGGAAUAAAAUAUAUUUUAUCAUAUUCUGUUGGAAACCCAGUAUAGUUUAGAUGUCCUAGUUUUAAAGGAAAAAAGAAGUGAGGAAACUAAAGUGAAGUAACAAAUCAGUCACAAGUAGUUACCAAAUUGUGUGGCUCCUGAUCAGUGUGUAAGAUAUAAAUUCUGAAAGGGAUAUAUAGAUGAGUGCUUUUCUCAAGCCAGGAUUACACUUGUGUGUAACUAGAUAUAAUCCUGAUGUCACCUCCACCCUUGGGUGUCUGACCCCCUAGCCCUGUGUGUAUGUAUGCAUUAACCUCCAUUGUCUUUGGAAGAGCUGGAAUGUGAUGAUGAGCUAAUGAGCUCUGCUUGUUUACCUGUGCCUGCAUCUUUGUAGCAGACACUUCCCACACAAACACAGUAUAUGUGGUGUGAGUUGUUUGUCUGUUGCCUUGAUAAAAUACCAUGACCAGAAGCAAUUCUUUGGGCUUAUGGCUCCAGAGGGAGAGUCCAUAAAGUCAAUGAAAGCCUUGCAGCAGGUUGCUCUAGCAGACUAAGAAAGCACAUUCAACCACAAACAUAUAGGGUAAGGAACACACUUUAAGUGGAGUGAGACCCAAGUCCAGUGACAGACCUUCUCUAGCUAGGCCACACCCCCAUAACCCACCCUAGUAGCACCACUAACCAGGGACCAAGUGUUCAAAUAGGAGCCUAAGGGAGCAUUUCUCAUUCAAACCAUCACACUAACACCUUGAGAGUAUAGAAAUUUUUCUUGGAUGUACAGAUGUCAUAAUUUUGAGGAUUUUCAAGAUAAGGAAUUUGACCUUAUACUAAUGAAAUCAAGUUCAGAUUCAAAUAUCGACAAUUAAAUAAUUUGGGAAUUGUAACUCAAGGCCAGUAAGGUUUUAGAAAGUGUUUUGGUUUUUCUUUUCUUCAAUAAUGGCAUUAACAUUCUCUAAAAUAUGCUUUCUUGUGGAAAUGUAUGCAUUGUAUAAGCAACUAAUUCUCUCAUGCAUCCUUGAUGGUAGAACGUUGUGUCUCUGUCAGAGUCCACUUAUGAAACGCUGCCUGCAGUCACUAAUGAUCUGUUCACUCACUCACCAUAUAUUCAGAAACUUAAAACUACCAGUUAUCUUUGUGGAUUUGUUUCUUAUGUAUAAUUGUGUGUAUGUGCACCCGUGUGUGUGCAUGUAAGACCUGUAAGAGUAGUAAGAGUCUCUGUAUGCAUGUGUGAACAUACAUGUAUGUAAAGGACAAACAAAGGCUGAUGGUUGUAACCUUGUAACUGUUCCCAAGCUGAGUAUCUGGGCUUGACUUUGCUGUCUUCAUUUAAAAAUCACUAGGUUUUGGCUUUGGUAGGCAUUGAGUAACUUUUAGGUCACCUCAAGCCUUUUGUAAAUUUUGACUGUCAAGAUCUAGGGGUACAUUUUUUUAACUUUUCAUUGAUUCUUUGUGACUUUCACAUCAUGUACCCCAGUCCCACCCUUGCAAACUUCCUCCCUCCACCAAAAUAAUAAAAACCACACAAACAAAACAAAAUAAAACAUAGCAAACAUCUUGUCAUGGAAGCUGUAGUGUGUCACAGUGUGUCCCACAGCAUACCUCUCUAUCCACAUAUCUUCACUUGUGAAUGUUCAUUGCAGUGAGUCACUAGUCUGCUUUAAGGUCUCUGGGUUCUGUGACACCAUCAAUACUGGCUCCUCACAGGGCCUGGCUAUCCUUUUGUUGCCCUGUGUCAUGGAGAUGCUGCAGUUUUGAAUCAGCAGGACUGACCCUCAAUGGUUCAUAGAUAAUGCAGAUUUUGAGGUGGGCCAAAUCAAAGCUCUGGAUCUGGGUGUGGGUGGUAGCUAAGCUAGUCAGCCUACUGGCUCUCCCUUCUGUGUACCACCAGUGCUCUUCAGCACUGGUCUGGCUAGGCUACCCGGUGCUAACUUCAGAGGGAGGGAGGCAGGGUCAGCUCUCCCUCACUUUGACCCUCUGACCAGCUCACACAAACCCCAGCCCCUCUGGGAGGGCCAGCUCUCCUGUUCUGCUUGCUCCACCCUGUGGCAGCUCUUGGACUGUGCUGGGGACAGGGCUUUCCUCUCCUUUGGCAUCUCCGCUGGUAUACCCUGCCAUGUGUCCUAGAGAGAACUUUCCACUCAGGUUGUUUGGAGCAUGUGUGCUGUGAGGAUACUUCAGCUGGUCAUUUCUUACCCAGUCUUGCUAGGUUGAGUCCAUCACAUAGAGCACGUUCCUCAGCAGAGACAUCAGGUACUUUGCUUUUGUGUGUAGGCCAAAAGAAUGUGUUCAGUCUUCUGAGGCUGGAAUGGGAGGCAGUUGUGAGACACUGGUCAAGCAGGCAAGUCCUCCUUUUUAGAAACUUAACCUGCAAUGUCUGAGCUGACUCACUCUCCUCAGCUCUGAAUCCUGACACACAGUCCAUUUCCUAGUGUGUGUGAGCAAAUGCCUCAUGCUUGUCGGGUUUCCUGGUUUCUCAUGGCAGGAAGCGAGGCCCAGUGCUUGUGACUUCAUUGUGGCCAAAUCUGUGGGGUCUGGAAUUGGCAUUUUAGUGUGAGAUUUGUGUGUCUUCUGUGGUGUGUGGGACUGGACUUUCUGAUCAGACUAUAGUAGUACCGUCAUCUCUGUGCUGGGUUUUGGUGCCUUGGAGCAAUAAGUGAAGGAACAAUAGGGAGAGCGGCUUUCCACAUCUCAGCUGACAGGAACAGCCUGAAGGAUUACAGGACACUUCUCAGCCUCCUCCUCCUCCUUGCCUCCUGGAGCCAGUGACAGAAUUACGAACUUCUAGAAGUUCAUUUUCCCUCCGUCCAUAAACAUCUGAGAGGAAAGGUUUCUCAGACUGGUAGAGUCUCUCUGUUCCACAUGAAUAAAGAACUAAUUAUUUACUGUUUUCUCUGUUAAAAAAAUACUGAAAUUAAAAAAAAAAAAACACUUUGCCUCAAUAUUUGAAUUAGAUUCAACUUGGCAAAAGAGUCAUCCCAUAAGGAUAACCAGUGGGUACACUUCUCGUCUCACAGGUGUAUCAGAUGGGAACUUUGUUGUCAGAAACAUCUAGAUUCCACUAAGAGAAAAACAAGGAAUACAAUUAUAAAUUUAUUAUGAAUGUACACUUUCCCACCAUCCCCCAUCCUGACCCACAGGAAAACCUCCACCAAAGCCUGCUUCUGGGAGAAAGCCAGGGGUGUAGUAGCAAGUUGUACUCUCAGUUGGCAACAGGCACACUGGUCUCCUCCACCCUCCGCUCUCCCCUGGUGCCCUCUCCAUCCUUGCUCCCUUUAGCCCUCUUUGUUCCCUAGGCAUUUCCUCAUUCAGGGUUGUGUGCAUCUAUGUAGUCUGGGACCGAUCAUUGAGAGAAGGGUAACAGUAUUUGUCAGUCUGAAACAGGCUUCAUUUGUUUAACACGUCAUCUCCAGUCACAUCCAUUUCCCUUGGACGUGUUUCAUUCUUUAUCAGUCUGUUUGAUCCUUGUGCCUCAAUUUCCCAAGUUCUGAGAUGACAGAGAUGCUCCAUCAUGCACAGUUCCUUCCUUUGUUAUAGUAUAUAUUCCUCCUCAUGUACACAUAGUGCUAUUUGUGACGGUUUGUAUAUGCUUGGCCCAGGGAGUGGCACUAUUAGGAGGUAUGGUCAUCUUUGAACAAGAUGAUAGUGAAGUAGGGUAUUACCGUGAUCACCUGGAAACACUGCUCAACCCCCUCUCUCACCAUAACCCUGGAAACACUGACAGACUUUCUGUGCUCUUCUCUGCAAAGGCUGUGCCCAGUUUUGUUAUUGGGUUGUUGGUUUAAGGGCCACACCUAAGCUCUAGAACUAUCAUCACUGCCUACAUGCGCUAUUGUAAGCCCAUCUCACAGGGAACCAGAGAGGUUGAGAGACCAUAGAGUGUGUCUAGUAGCAGACUGAGUUAACUAGGCACUGUGUCAAAAUGCACGAGCAAUGAAGAGGAGCCACCUGGACAGUUGAACAGCUCCAUCAGGGAGCUAGUGAGUCCGAGUGGUGCUCGGUAGGUCCAGGAGCCUCCUGCGCAUGCAGAACACCAAGUAUGAGCAGACUGAAAUUAGAAUCAACUCUUGAUUGAUUCUUGGUACUGUUGAAUUGUCAGACUGAGAUUUUAUCAAUGGAGUUUCAUAAUUCUAAUUUAUUAACCCACAUUCUAUGUAUGUGGGUUUGGUUUUGGUUUUAUUUGUAACUUGUUUUGAGACAAGGUCUUGGCUAUGGAGUCCAGGCUGGCCUAGAACUAGACAUCCCGCUCCUUCCCCCUUCUUCCCCCUCCCUAUGCUGGCACUGCAGUCAGGCCACUGCCACUCACAGCUGAUCAUUUAAAUUAAGGGCUGGUUGCUGUAAUAUGCUAAUGUAGGGUAUUUUCAUCUCCAUACUGUGUCCCUUCAGAAGCCACUGUUCCCUUGCUCCUUUCUAAGGUGCGCAGUCAGAUAAUACCUAGCACUUAGCUUUGAGCUUCUUAGUCACUGUGCCACUCAUAAAACCGAGCCAUCUUUUUUUUCCUCCACUCCCUUUACUAAUAAUACAGCCAAUGACACCUACAAACAAGCUGUUGUGUCAGUUUUCUCUGUGGUGCUGCAUUUUGCACAUUCUUCCUCUUUGCUACACCAUAGGCCUAAAUCCCAUGAGGACACCACCACAUACAGCCCUGAGUUCUGCAGAGGAAGAGGUUUUCUUCCUCAAAGAGGCAAAGCAUUGCACUUGUGAGAUAGGCUGUGACUUUCCCUGCAAGGAGGCUAAAUAAGGCAGAGUGGCUGCUCAGAAAUAGCUGCCCCCAGAGGUUAUAAAGAAGGCUACAAAGCAGAAAAGAUUGCUUUUAGACAAAAGCUAAAGCCAUCUUUAAGGUGGGUGUCCUCUUCUUUUUACAUAAAGUUGCUUGGAAAAGUGUAAAGGUGGCCAUUUAUAAAGCCAGACAAGGCUAAAGAUUUUACAAAGCAGAACUUCUCCUGAGGAUGGAAACACUGUCCUGCCAACUGCUGGCCUUGUUGAUUUUACCUUCUGUUUCAGUUUAGCCAACAAGUAUUGCACAUGCUAUCUUACUUACUUCUUAGUUGCUGUGCUAAAGCACCAUGACCAAUAGAACUUAGAGAAGAAAGAGCUUGUAUGGUUCAGGGGUAUACGGAUCCAUAAUGGUUGAGCAGAGGCAUUGAUUGGAAGCUGGACGCUCACACUCUGAGCCAGACAUGAGGCAAGGGAGCAAAGUGCCCACCACCAGGACAUACUUCCUCCAGCAGACCACACCACCAAACUAGGCCAACAGCUGGACCAAGCACUUAGACUGUGGAGGACGUUCCUGAUUCAAGCUACUACAAACACCAUGCUGUUCGUAAGAACAUCCAUGGAAACAGAAGCUCACUGCCACUUGCAGUCCUCUCCUCUUGUGCCUUUGUGCAUUCCCAUCCAUAUGCUCACCACCUCGAGACAUUACUUACUGCCUGAGGAAGAGUGACUUCACAGCCAAGCACUGUGGCAGGUUUGUCUUUUCACCCUAACCCAGUACUUCUGAAGGUUCUCUGUGAAAUGAAUGAAGACAUUUUAAGACUUCCUCUAGUAAAAAAUGUUCCAAUAGUCGUUUGAUUCUUUUUAAUCUUUAAAGAAUUAAUUUGUUUGUCUAACGGUGUAUGUGUGCGUGUGCACACGCGUGCGUGUUUGCUUUCUCCUGUACCAUUACACUCAUGUGGUGGUCAGAGGACAGCUUGCAGGAGCUUGCCCUUCUUUUCCACUGUAAAUCCUGGGGAUUGAACUGGGAUCAUCACACUUGGUGGCAAGUACCUUUAUCAGUCACGGGCCCUCUCACUCAUCCAUUAAACAAGAAAGAGAAGAGCCCAAAUAGACCUCUCUUCUGGCAGUUUAUUUUAUAAUAAACUAUCGACAUUUAACGACUGAAAUUAAGGCUUGUACUAGCUUAUAACUCAGCUGUCUUUUCUACAGAUUGAAGAUGCUUCCAUGAAAGAUGAUAGAGCAGCCGUUUUACAUGUUCUCUUAACUGUCGGAGUCAGCGUAGGUUAUUAGCCCCCAGGACCACACAUGUGUAAGCUGCAGGCAUGCCCAUGUUUACUAGCACACUUUCAUACUUGUCAUUGAGAGUUAACGUGUGAGUGGUGGCAGUGUUUGAGUUGUAACCCAUGCACGAGAAUGAUCUCGUGCUUUAGCUGGAGGACUUUUAACUUCUCCUAAUGCAGUGCAGUUCUUCCCUGCCUUUUGCAACGUGGCAGUUUGGAGUAUCUAAUCAGUUAUUUGCAGAAUGGCACCAUUUUUAUUUGCCUGUUUGGGUUGUUGUGGGAAGUUUGGUUGAGAGUAUGACAUGGGAGCUCUGUCCUCAGUAAGCUGCAUCAAGAGGACAAUGAUUGAUUGACCUAUUACUGGAUGAGAUUAAGGGCACUCCUGUGGGUUUUCUCUGUCUAUCUGUAUGUAAAAGUAUCCUUAUUCUCUGUAAUUAUCCAGUAAGUAGUAUGUGGCAUAUGACCUUAAGACGUCUAUAUCUCAGCCAUCUUCACCCAUUGUUUGGAUGACGUCGAUGUCAUCUAAUCAUUUUCAUCUAAUCAUUAUAAAGUUACUUGCAGAGUCUGACAUUCUUUCUGGAAUUCUGAGAGGUUCACUCUUCUCUAAGGGAACAAGCAACUGUAGAUUCAAAGGUUCUUUGUGCAUAACUGUCACUGUUGUUUUUACAUGUAUUUAUUGUGUAUGUGAAUAUGUGUGGGCAUGUUUGGGCCACAGCAUGUGUGUUGAGGUUCAAAGACAACUUUUUGGAAUUAGUUCUCUCAUUUCACUCUGUCAGUUCCAAGGAUCCAUCUCAGGCUGUCAGACUUGGUGGCCUUUACUUGCUGAGCCUCUCUUCCUUUUUUAACUUGAAUAAUUAAAUCCCUUUGUGACACAUACUCUUCCUUUGUGUGCUUUUGAUUUUUCUCCUGUUCACUACCUUUAAACAUUCUUUGACCUGAUCUUAGAAUGACUGUGCCUCUGAGAAUCUCUAUUUCCUUCAGUGGGGAAUAGUAUUAGACGUGGUCAGGAUCAGGUGGGGUUCACUGAGUCCACUCUUUUUAGUAGGUUAGCUAGGACAUUUCUUUUAGAGCUAUCUCUGGGCCAAGAUUAGAGCCAGAGGACUGAGGAGCAGUCAACCGGGGGAACAGCAGCAUGCAGCCAUCUGCUCCAUUUUGGAAUGAGCCAUAGGGAAACAGUAGUCUUCUAAAAAGAAAGUUCUAGAUUUGUUAACUAUCCAGUGGAAAGACAUUUACCUUUUACUCAUUCCAUACACAAACAUCCAACUGUGGUGGACCAAACCAUUGCAGGGUGAUAUUUCCAUGACCUUGGAAUGGCAGAAAAUGUUAAACUGGACUGAUAGUUUAUGCUGUAUUUAGAUUAUGAGCACUUAUACAUCAGCAUAUCACUGAGAGAUAUAGAAGCUCCACAGAAUACAAAGAAAUAAGUCUCACUAGAUUCAUUUACUAAAAGACUGAGUCUGUUAGAAAAGAAUCCUCACAAGCCAGUCUAAUCUAUGGCCAGUCAGUCAUGCGGCUGGUUCAAAGAAGAAUGCUUAAAUACUUUGUCUCCAGUCAUUUGAAGAUUUGGGAAAGGUUUAAGACAACCUAGGGGUGGGGGUGGGGUUGGAGUUGUUAAAUGACCUUUUCACAGGGGUCACCUGAGACCAUCAGAAAACACACAUGCUUACAUUAUGAUUCAUAACAGUAACAAAAUUACAGUUAUCAAGCGGCAACAAAAUAAUGUUAUAGUUUGGGGUCAGCACAACAGGAGGAACUGUUUUAAGAGGUUGCAGUAUUAGGAAGCUUGUGACCUGGUUGAAUGAGGUAUGUUACUGAAGGUGGGCUUUGAGGUUUCAAAAGCUCAUGGAGGGGCUGGGGAUUUAGCUCAGUGGUAGAGCGCUUACCUAGGAAGCGCAAGGUCCUGGGUUCAGUCCCCAGCUCUGAAAAAAAGAACAACAACAACAACAACAACAACAAAAAGCUCAUGGCAUUCUUAGUUAAGUUGCGAGCUCUCUGUCUCUGUCUCUGUCUCUGUCUCUGUCUCUGUCUCCCCCUCUCUCUCCCUCUUUCUCCCCGCCCGCCUGCCCGCCUGCCUGCCUUCCUUCCUGCUGGAGGCUCAGGUGUAAAUGCUCCACAUUGCUCCAGCACUCUAUCUCCUUGCUGCUGUGUUCCACACCUGAUGGUCAUUGACUCUAAUCCUGUGGAGUUGUAAGUCUCCUUGGUCAUGGUGUCACAUUGUAGCAGUAGAAGAAUUGACAGCUUAGACAGUUGAUAAUGGAUGUCCUGGAUGCCAGUGCCUGUGGAUAAGGUUACUUUGUCCUCAGUCAUCAGAGCAGUGGAACAUGGCAGACCAUCAGAGGAUUCAAGGUGGGUGGGUGAGCUUGUAUAACUUAAAAAAAAAAAAAAACUGUCAUUCACACCCAGCAUUUGAGUUCCACUACUAGGGCUGGAGAGAUGGCUCAGCGGUUAAGAGCACUGACUGCUGUUCCAGAGGUCCUGAGCUCAAUUCCCAGCAACCACAUGGUGGCUCACAACUAUCUGUAAUGGGGUCUGAUGCUCUCUUCUGGUGUGUCUGAAGACAGCGACAGUGUACUCACAUACAUAAAAAAAAAAUAAAUAAAUUUUUAAAAAAGGGAAAGAAUUCCACUACUAACCAAAUACUCAGUGGAAAUUCAUACAUACAUUGUGCUUACCCCAAGGUGAGAUUUUAAUUGGAAUGCUACCAGUUGCUUCCUUGUACUCACUGUCAACAGUGUCUAAUCUUCAGUCUCCUAAAGACAGGAGUUCCCAGAUGCCAGUCUAUAACUAAAAUGGUGAAAACAGUAUUAGCAGUGAGCAGUCAGGGCUAGUGAAGUAGCUGAGUAAGUCAGAUGCUUGUCACCAACUCUGAGGAACUGACUCCCAUCCCCAGAACCUACAUGGUAGAAAGAUAGAAUUGACUCCCAUGACAUUGUUAUUAAUACAUCAAAUAAAUACAUGUAAAGAAAAAUUAUCGCUGAGCAAGGAACCCACUGAGCAAGUCCAUUAACUAUGUAGUCAAGGUUUAUCCUGAGUCUCUGAUCCUCCUUCACCUCUCAAGUGCUAGGAUUAUAGAUAUGGCCUACCACACCAAGAACACAGAGCUUAUAAAGAGGCUCGUUUUUUAUUUUAUAAAUGAAUGUGUGGAUUUACAAAUGUCAGAUUUACAAAUGGAGGUCAGAGAGAUCUUCAGAUCCCCUGUAGCUGGAGCUCCAGAUUUUUUCAAGAGCAGUCUGCACUCAUAACCACUGAACCAUAUUUCCAGACCCAACAUUACACUUUUAAAAACAAACCUUAUCUCUUCAUUUCUUUUCUCCUUUUCACUAGAAAAUCAAGUACCAGGAGGACCCAGAAGAGCCCUGUCCUUACUGACUGACAGCCCUCUAAGCCUGGUACUUUCCAUCACUGUCCCAGGCCUCCUCCCAGGCACUCUGUGGCAGUGGAGUACCACUGUCCUUGGGUUCUGAAGUUUGAGAGAUCCACAACAUCGCAGGCUACCUGUAGGUCCGAAAGUGAGCAAGGUCUAGGGCACGUGUUCAUGAUUCCAUGUUCAGUGAUAAGCAUGUCUCCUUUCUCUUACUGAGAUUAGGGCUGAUUCUGAGUAAAACGUUAAGGGGACGAAACUGAAGGCAAAACAAAAUAAAGUUACCAGGUGGUGUUUGGCUUGAGAUGUUAGCACAUCCUUCUAUGUGAAGGGGGCAGAUGCAGGGUGCUCCUGGUUCCCAGAAACAGUUUUCAGUAUGACCUUUGUCACUGGAACUUCCUCUAAGCCAGGAGUGUGUCUCACAAUAAGGUUUACUUAUCCUGGUGUAUGGUUUCAAAGUCCUGGCUGCUCUGAAGGUGAGUCUUCUGGCUGAGCAUGUACAUCCAGGCUGCUCCUCCCUACUUGCCACCGAUUUGUUUUACUCCUCUGCAGCCUGGAGCAUCAAGUGUGCUUCCCGCUGCGUCUGUGUGCAUAUUUUCUCUGAAAAAAAAAAAGAUAGGUAUCAGGAGAAGCAAGAAGAGUCCUGUCCUUGCCCUGGAUCACUGUCCUUCCUGGCCAUCCCCCCAAGUAGGUGCCAUUCCUGUCCACAUGCUUCCAUGGUUUCAGUUUGCCUUCAGCAAAAGACCAAACACCUUACCCUCCCGAGCUGCAAGUGCCAUCAUGAGCUGCACACAGCUCUCCAGCCCUCCAUCAUGCUGAGCUGUGCCUCUCCUUUAUAUCUGAAUUUGUGAUCACUUCUCUGUUUCUUUAUUAUUUGCUACAGAAAUACUUAUCAUUCUCUGUUUCUCAGAAUGAUUUUCUGAUUUAAUGUCCACUGAAUAUUUAUUUGAAGAAUGAGUCAUUUUUCUGCAAUUAGAACUAUGUUUUUCUGUGUCUUCUUCCCCACAGAUAAAAGUAGGACAUAGUGACUUUUAGGAAGAAAUUUACUCUAAUAUUGUCUUUCUUUACAAAGUACAGGAUCCACUUCCAAGUGUACGUGUCAGUCUUGUCCACAAGAAUAGAGCAAGGCCUGGUGGCACACAGCUUUAAUCCUAGCACUGGAGAGACAGAGGCCAAAGAAUCUCUUAAUUUUGAGGCCAUUCUGGUGUACAGAGUGAGUUCAAGGUUAGUGAGGACUCUCCAAAGAAACCCUGUCUUGGAAAACCAAAAAACUAAACUAGGAAGAGUAGGAUGGCACAGUAGUAAGUACUGUUGAGAUAGGUAUUUUAACCCAACCACAUACAGUUAACUUCCACAUAAUAAACACCGAGGUUCUGUAAUGACCAACUGUCAGCCUUGUUUACUGCGUAGGCAUCUUUGCUUUGCUUAUCAUUCCAUCACCUAUUUAGUGAACUUCAAAAAGGCUGCCAUCUGCAGUGUACCUCUCAGUAGUUUGUAAAAUUCAGUAGCAGUUUGUGUUUUCACAGUAGGGUAUACUGUAUGUGCAUCAUUGCACGUGUGAUAUGUGCAUUGUAGUACACACAUCUAAUGCAUGUCGUUGAGUAAAUUUUGACACAUGCAUACAUGUACAGGUCCUAAACCCUUAUCAGUCAAGAUGCAAGGCACUGGUGUCACCCAGAAAGACCUGUCCUAUGUGGAAUUGAUCCUUCUCUCUAAAACAGUGGUCCUCAACCUUCCUAACACUGUGGCCCAAUAAUAUAGUUCCACAGGUUGAUCCCCCAGCCAUAAAAUGAUUUUCAUUGCUGCUUCAUACUAUAACUUUGCUCCUAUUAAGAAUUAUAAUGUAAGUAUCUGAUACGCCAGAGGGGUUGCAACCCACAGGUUGAGAACUGCUACUCUAGAGUAUUUGUGAAUAGAACCACGCAGCAUGUGGUCUUGGUGGAACUCCAUGUUUAUCACAGUGCUCGUGAUCCAUUCAGGCAUUGCUCACCAGCAUCCCAGUGUAUGAACACAUCACAAUUUACCCAUGCCCUGUUAGUAAAUACCUUAUUUCUACUUGAAAUCUAAUGGGCAUAACACAGUCUUGUUAGUCUUACACAUCUUUUGGUAUAUGGGUUAGAAAGGUCUUGCUAAUUGUAUAUUUAGUUGUUUAAAUUUGCACAUCCUUUCAGAAGCAACUAAAUCAUUUUGUACUCCUGAAAAUGAAUGGGGAAAUGUUAUGCUCUCUUUAGCAAAGUCUCCUUUCAAUGUGUGUUGCUGUCUUAUAGUUUGAAUGUGCAUCUUUUAUGAUGUCUGGAGAUUUCAUGUACUAAUAUAUAGUUGCAUAAGAGUUUUUCAUAUUCUGAACUUUUUAUUAUAGUAAUUUUUAGGCAUACAGCACAGGUUGAAGAAUAUUUUGCAGUGAGCAUCCAUGUCUCAGCAUAGGUUCCACCAGUAAUAUUGUAUCAUGCUUCUUCAAUCUCCUGUGCUCACCUACCCUUGUUAAAAACCACGUUUCAGGUUAGCUUGUAGACACCUGUACAGAACCCCACAUGCUUACACGCUUCCAUUUAAACAUCCUGCUGGGCACAUUGGCAUUGCUCUGGGGCCUUUUCUGGUUCUGUGCUCAGUCUCACUCAGGUCUCAUUCUGAAUAUGCUCUCCUCUCCUCUCCUCAUCUUCAUGCUGAUUUUUCCUUGUUAUUAAAUAUUCCCCUGACAUCAGUUCAUUGUUCUAGUUCUUUGCUUAUAAUGAAGCGUUCAGUAAUUUUCCGGUUUUGAAGCCAUGAUUACACAUGAUUUUCACAUGAUUAUAAGACAGGUAUAAAGCUUGUACACAGAAUCCCCACUGUUACGUUAUCUGGUUCUUCCCAUGUCUAAAUCUGGCUCUUGCUCCUAACUAUGUGAAAGUCGGUUCUUGGUGUUAUGUUUUUAGUGCUAGAUACUUAGGUAUAUGCUUACUAAAAAGACAAAUACCCUCUUAUGUAGCCACAAUGUUAAAAUGAGAGUGUGUCAUUAAUUCACUGCUGUUAACAGUGAAUCCUAAGACACCAUUGGGUCCCCAAGUUGAUGAGUCACAGCCUUUGUAGAAGAAGAGAUAAUGAUACCUGUCUUGUGCCCUGCUCCAUGGCCACAGUCUAGUGUCUGAUCUCUGCUUCUCCUUUAAGAUGGAGCCUUUCUAUAGCCAUGCUUCUUGAUUUCUCUGUCACUUUAAUGCCAACCGCUGGCAUCCUGGGCUUACAGACUUCCCUCAGCCUUUCCCAUCUGUGUCUGUACUUACUGCUCUGACAAGCACAGGUAUCUCCCAUCACCAAAUAACUACACAAUAGUUUACUUAUUUUUUCAUUUUUUAAAUUUAUUAAUUGUACAAAAUAAUGGAUUUCAUUGCAUUUCAUACAUGUAUAUAUUUUGAUUAUCUUCAAUCUUUUCUUCCCCGUCCCUUCCUUCUUUCUCUGUCUCCAAGCCUUGCUAAUACUUUCAUGAUUAUCUGUUUUCUUUACUUUUACUGUUGCAUAUAUACAUAGAAGUAAGUGUAGGGGGGGGGCAAAAUUUGUCAGUCAUCAAUUGAAUUUGCAUCUUGGGUCAGGCUUUGUAAACCGUUUUUAAUGUCCAGGGCCUAGAAAACCCUGACCCUCACUCAUGGCGCUCAUAUGAUUAGAAUUUUCUUUUAUUUACAUCUGUGGGCGUCUCAGGUUUCUGUUCAUUAUUUUGGGGUGUGUGUGUGCGCGCAUAUGCACGCAUACUUGAGACCAUGACUGUAGUUGUCCAUAAGAGCUAGAGGCAUUAGAUCCUCUGGAGCUUGAGCUGUGUGAGCCCCCCAGUGUGGGUGCUGGGAAUGGAGCCAGAUCUUCUCACGAGCAGUCAGUGAUCCGACUGUCAAGUGCUCUGCAGAUCCAGAGCUGGUGUCGUCCCCUUUCCAUACAGGACAUUCAUUUUGAAUGUUUUCUUGCCUCUCAGGGUGUUUUUUGUUUUUGUUUUCUCAUAUAAACAUAACUGUCAAGUUGUCUUUAUUGAAAAGCUGCUGGGUAUUUUUGAGAUCACACUAAAUUUGUAGAUUAACUUAGAAAUCUUUAUGAUUCUCUGUUGUCUUACCUGUGUAGGAGGCCUGUCUGUUCAGACCCAACUUCUGUAUAGUCAAGAGCUUCAUACAUUUCUUAGAUUAUUAGUAGGAACCUUUCCCCCACACACACACACUUCUGUUGUUGAUACCUAAUAUGUUUUUUGUCAUUGCUGUUUAUUUUCAUUGGCUUUCUGAGACACAGUCACACUGUGUGGUCUAAGCUGGCCUGGAGCUCCUGAGAGUACCAGGCUGCAGUGCUCUCUGGCUGCUUCCUCUUUGUGCUUCUGGAAACCCUUCCAUCUGUACACAUGAGUCUACCCCACUGAACAUGUGGACGUUUCCUAAGUUUAUGGUUUCCGUCUAGUUAAAGUUUCAGGGAUUAGUUUUGCAAAUGUUUUUCUGAUCCAUUGUCUGUCUGCUCCAGUUUUAUGGCUCCAGUUGCAUACAAAAUAACCCUUUACACUUGUUUGCUUGUAUGUAUAGAUGUAUAAGUCCUUGGGGACAGCUCUUAAGAGUCAGCUCCCUCCUUCUACCCUGCGGGACAGGUGUGGAACUUGUGUUGUCAGACUUCUGCAGCAAGCAUUUUUACCCACAUGCAACAGUUUCUACUUUAAUCUGGGUGUCCUGCUCUUAGCAUCACUACUCUUCUCCCACCCAACCCCCACUCUUGCAGCAUACUAAUCUGUAUUGACAGGGCUGUUAGCCCUGCUCCCUAAGAAAACCUUCCUCAGCCACACUUUUCAUCCCUACCUUUGUCAUGACUCCUAAGAUGCUCCUCGAAGGCGAUGUGUGACUCACUAGGAUGGUACUGCAGAAGUUGUGCCUUGACUUGUGAGCCACUCUUUCCCAGAGUCCCAUGGUGGAGCAGUCCCCAGGUUAAGUAAGACAGAGAUCUUUAAGAACACUUUGUAGAUGAUUUCAUUCUUACUGGUGUAAAGUUGCUGAGUUACACAUAACCGAGAGUGGCACUUAUGUGGAUACAAACCAGAGCUCCUUGCAUACUGACUCCAAACCCCACAGCAAGAAUGAGGGCAGGGUCCUCCUGAUUUACCUUCCUUAUAGCUUCCUGCUGGGCCAGCUCAGAUGAAAGUGUCAUUUUCUGUAGAUGUUACUGUUGUUACUUUUUUUUCCUACCUGGUACUACCUGGUUAUAAAAUAGCUGUCCAGGUCACUACAGAGAUUUUACCCCCUAAGCUUAAAAAAUGAAAACACAGUUUAAAAAAUAUUUUUUCAUAAUGGAGCUGGAUCAAAGGCUUAGUGGUUAGGAGCACUGACCAUUCUUGCAGAGGACCCACCCAGGUUCAAUACCCAGCACCAUAUCUAACUCCAGUUCCAGGGAAUCUAAUGCCGUCUUCUGGACUCUGAGGGUACUGCCUCUUCAUGCAUGUGGUAUACAGUCAUAUAUACAGGCAAAAGGAGGAAGAGGAGGAGGAGGAGGAAGAAGGAGAAGGGAGGAAGAAGAGGGAGGAAGGAAGAAGAAGAGAAAAAAGAAAGAAAAAGCUCAUACAUUCAAAAUAAUAAAAUAAUUUUAAUUAAUUUAUUUAAUUCAUUGAUUUAGCUAGAGAGAUGAUUAAGCAAUUAAGAGCCUCUACUGCUCUUCCAGAAGAUUUAAGUUCAGUUUCUACCCCCAUGCUGGGGGGCUCAGAAUUAACUCCAGAUCCUGGGAAUUGAGCACUAGCUUCUGUCCUUGUGAAUACCUCUUUGCUUAUGAGCCGACACAUGAAUAAAAAAUAAACCUUAAAAAUAAGUAUCAAGUACUGAACAACAACAUCAAAAACCCCCAUUAAAAGUCCUUAACUGGGCUGCUGUAGCCUUAGGGGAUAGGAUGGGAAAACAAAGGGUGUGUGUAUGUACCCUAGCUGGGAUGCACAUCUGCAUGCAUGUGGAGACCUGCCAGAGAAGCCCCAAGCACAGCCAUGUAGGAUGACAGAAAGAAACUCUCAGCAUGUUAGGAGUUAGGUGCACAGUGACUCUGAGCUGAGAGCUGCUACUAAUGCCGAAUCCUCUAGUGACACACGGAUAUCCAGCUGUCCGGGUCUCACAGCUAAGUUCUCUUCAACUCUAAAGUCCUACCCCUGCCCCAGAACCGUCUGGCCCCUAACCUUUAUCAGUCUACUAGUGAUGCCCCUUAAAACAGAGUACCAUUUAAAAACACCCGUCUUUGCAAGUCACUGAGUUAGUGAAAGGAAAAAGUGAACUCGUGCUUGCGUUUAGUGAAAGGCAUGUCAGAGUCGGAAUACUGCGAUUGAAGAUCUGCACUUACUAAGAACUGACUUAUAAUUGCAUCAUUUUAUAUCAAAACUUUCUUUUUAAGUAACUGAAUCACACAUGCAUCAUGUGCUGGGUUUCUCUGUUUUCCUUCAUUGCAUAUGUUUAGUUUAUCUUGAAUUUCAUCUAUGUUGCUGAAUAUAAUUUUUAAUUAGAGAUUAAUGCUCUAUGACUAUCACUAUUAUCACUAUUAAUGAAUAUUGAUUCUUUGUUCAUUAAUAAUGUUGCCACAUAUUAUUACAUUUGACUCAACAUCUUGGGUGCUAAGGAUGAAAAGAUGCUAAAAGAUUUCUAGUGAUCUCAAAGCCAUGGUUAUGGAUGAUGAACAUUUUGAUGUUUUCUUAUUGAGGGCUUCAUUUAUACAAUUUACUCUAAUGCUGCUGGGGUUUCUCAACCUAAGAGGCGUUGGCUUCCCUUUUAUAGAAAGAAGUUUUUAUGGGAGGAGGAGGGCUAGAAAGAUAACUCAGUGGUUAAGGUAUCACUGCUCUUGCAGAGGACCCAAAUCUGGCUCCUAGGACUCACGGUCAGACAGCUCACAAUUACUUGUAAUUCAGGAUCCAGGGGUCCUAGUGCCUUUUCUGAUCUCUCUGGAUAUCUGCACACACACACACACACACACACACACACACACACACACAGACACUCACACACAAUUAAAAUAGAUUUUAAAAAAAGACUGUGCUGCAGGGGUGAGAAUCAGUGCAUGAGGUCUGAGUGUAAAAUGACCCACUUCACAUGUACAUCCACACGCAUGUUUGUUCUCAUGCCUUACGAUGCUACAUCUUCAUGAAACAUGACUAGGAAAGAAUUGAGAAUGGGGCAUUGGGAUGAAGAGGGUCACUCAAACUGUCACUUCCUUAUUAUUCCAGCCGCCAUGCCAACAUCACUGAUGUAAUAACCAGCCAUCCUAUCUGCAGGGAUUUGGUCCACUUCACUUUUCUGACAUCUUCUACAUCUUUGCUAGGGUUUCAGAGGCGUGUCAUUUCAUUCUCUUCUCUAUGGCUGUGAUUGUCUUCUGAGACCUCAUAGUACUAGCUAGAAGAGAAUUGAAGGGGAGCUCUUAGUUAUGAAUCUUUUGUAACCAGAUAUCUGUUUAUUUAAUUGUAAAGCUUAGAAACAGGGAAAGAAUUCAAACGGAUUCUUUAAACUUAUGCGAGUGCUCUGUUAUCUCUUGAUUACGUAUACCAUCAUUUAAAGGAAGAUAUAACAUGGCAUGAAACAUUCAUGUGGAGUCAGUUUUGCCAGGGAGCAGUAAAAGCCUCUGUAAUGAGAGCAUUGAGGCCUGAGAGUGAAUCAUGGGGAAUCCUAGGUCAUGUGCUAGUCUUCACCCUGCUCCACCAGUCUGAACCACCAGAGGGGUUUUGUUGUUACUGUUUUAUUUUUGUUUUUAAUCUCACACUAUAGUCCAGGCUGGCCUUGAAACUAACUGCUAUCCAGUUGUUUCAGUUUCCACAUGCUGAGAUUACAGAAAUUUUAUCAUCCUUGACAAAAAUGUAUUGUUUAAAUGAUAAGAAUGAAGACUUUUAGGGGCUGGGGAUUUAGCUCAGUGGUAGAGCGCUUACCUAGGAAGCACAAGGCCCUGCGUUCGGUCCCCAGCUCCGAAAAAAAAAGAACCAAAAAAAAAAAAAAAAAAGAAUGAAGACUUUUAAAGAUCUUAUCUCAGUGAUAGUGCUAUUUAUUUUAAUUUCCUUUCCUAAAAAGUUGGAAGUUACCCUAUUUAUUUAGUCAUGGUUUCCAAUUUUAGACUAGUAUUUAUAGUGUUAAAGAGGAAAGAAAUAAGGAUUAAAAUAAGACUUAUAGAAACAUGAUUCCCUUAGAAGAAAACUUGAAUGUUUCUUCUAUGAAUAUACCCAAAUGGUGUGCAAGAAGCCACCAAAUUCACCUCUCCCCAAAGAGCAGCAGCUGAGGAUCUGUGACAAACCAACACACUGUGGAGGUGACAAGAAAGGCCACAUUCUCUCCAUUUCCAAGUCAGAAUGCUAAGAAAGUAUCAUCAAUCCCAGCAGCCUCUUUGCGUUAUAACUUUUGAAGAAUUAGUGUCAGUGGAUCAACCUUGUUAAGAACAUUCCCUGUUCUUUCUAGAUAUGACAUCAUCCCAGCAGGAAUCUUCUCAGGACUUUUGUGGGCCUCCCUUGGCUCUGCCAGGCUUCUGUGUGGAUCCCUUUAGCCAUGUUUGUUUAUAUUUGAUCCCUGAAGCCUUUCUUGAAACACUGCUACUCUAAGCCACACAGUUUUUCUCACGAGUACUAAAUAUCUUCAUUUAGUGCUGAAGAAACUGGCUAGAUUUCUGGCAGCCUUUGUCAGGGUUAAAGAAUUCUUUGAGUAUGCAUACACACAAAAACUGACAAUGCAAGUUUAUCUUAAAUAGAAGUGACUUUAAUCAUAUAUCAUUUGAAGUUAAAUGCUGCUCAUGACAAAGAACCAAAUGACAAUAAAGGUAUGUAGUGCAUGUGGAAGAAAGAAGGGCAGACCCCUGCAGAGCAGUUCCUGUGGUCCUGUGGGCACACCGCAUGACACCGAGAUCAGUCAUGAGAGCAGCAAUGAGAAAAUGAGCAUUAACUUAGGUGCUGGUCUGGAAACUAGAAGUGUUGGGGUGAAUCUGUGCUCUCUGCUAUGUAUAAAUAAAUACAUAUAUAUACAUACACACACACACAGAGCUACACACUCACACAAAUAAAAUAUAUUUGCUAUCUCUUCAUAUAUAGAGAUGAAAACAUGUGUGUUAAAUGUAAACAUGUAAACUCAUGCAACACGUCUGUGUUCAGAAGGCCUGGAAGAGUGGCCACACCUCACGUUCAAACCCUAGUUCCUGAAUGGGGCAGGAGUUCAAGGUAGACUUGAAAGUUCUUGUCAGAUGAUAAUGCCAAACUAGGAGUCCUGACUCUGAUAGGGACAGUCCUACCAUCAAAGAAAUGACAGUCAUAGAUACAACCCCUUGAACAGAGCAGGAGGCCUUGAGACCAUGCUGCAAACUGGUGAUAUAUACCAGCUAUUCAUUUCUUUACUGUUGGCUGUACCUCUAAUACAGAUGGUCCACAAUCUAUUAUUCUGCUUAUGAGUUUCUAAUGUACAGGGCUGUAAAAGCAGUGCAUGUAGCACAGACGUUAUGCUUUGGGUUUUGAUCUUUUCCUGAGCUGACGAUAUGCAGUCCAGUUCUCCUGUGCAGAGUUAGGCAGAAGCUAAGUAUCACCACUUCCAGUCGGCCCCAGGAUUACCAGGAGCCAGUGGAUGUGCUGUAGUGCUGUGCCACUGCGGUGCUUUGUAUGCUGAGGUAUUGCUUAAUGAACUUUGAACUUAACAGUACUUUUUAUUAUUUAAAAUUAAAUUAUCAGGACAUAAAUUGAGAGACAUCUGUAACUGUAGACAGGAUGAUUGUCUUCCUACCAACUGUGUCACCCAGUCUUAUCCCAAGGAUGCAGUCCCAAACCCAAACCACAGAUCAUUGUAUAAGAGUCACAUGAGACCUAACAUUGGAUCUCUUUUGCUAUUUGGACAAUUUGGAACUUGGAUGGAAUUUGUGGGUUUAUGGCAGUAGCUUAUCAGCCUCGAUCUCCCAAUACUGACUCUUGGUUGAGGAUUUAGCUCAGUGGUAGAGAGCUUGCCUAGCAAGCACAAGGCCCUGGGUUCGGUCCCCAGCUCCUAGGGAAAAAAAAACCUGGUAAUACUGACUCUUAUGCUAUGGUUCUUUGGUAAAAAGGUAGCCUAUAGGUAAGAACAUGCUCAACAGUGUUCUUGAAGAGAUGGUAUCAGAAAAUCUCACAAAGUUUGAGGAAAAUGCUCUGUGAAUUUGAAACUAUUUAAAAUCUUUUGAAAUACAGCAAAAACGUUUUUUAGAUAUAUCCAUUACUAGAGAAUUAUUUCCUUCCAAAACUACAAAGCUGAGACUUCAAUGUAACCCUGCAGCAGGUGGUGCUUCACUGUUGGAAUGCUGAUGGUUGCCAGGAGAGACAAUAUGCCUGCAGAGUUUUCUUCAGAGAGACUCUGACAGUGUUUUGAUUUUAAAGUGAUGAGUAUAACUUGAAAUAUACUCAUAUUUUUGAACCUGUAGACUGAAAACAAUUGAGCAGCACCAUAGAAAAGUACAUGCCCCUGUUUUUACUUUCUUUUGCAAAGUGCUAUAAUGUAAGUCCUAGAGCCAAGUUUAUUUUAUGAGAAUCCAUGGCCUUCACUUAUGAUAUAUGCUAUCUCUAACAAAGUAUUUAAUUUUCCUAGGCCUCAGUUUUCCCAUCUGUAAAUUGAGUUGAUAAUGUUGAUUUUGCAAGUCUAUCAACAGAAUAUCUGAUAGAUAGAUAAAUAGACUGAUAAAGUGUCACUACUUCAUAAAAAGUUAAAAUACUUUUAUAAAUUAGUGCCUUGUGAUCACUCCCCAAAGAGCAGGGAUAUCAUAAACUCAUGACUUGCGCUGUUAUGUCUCUCUAGCCAAAGCCUGGAACUAGGGCCUAUUGUAGAAGAAACCAGGAAGUACAGUGCAAUAAAAAGACCUUCAGGUUUGGAGAAUGGCAACUCUGGUUCAGUUCCAAGCCUUUGUGACCAUGGUCUUAUUCUUCAAUGUCUGUGAUGUUCGAAUCACCCUGGAGCUCAGCAGGACUGCUAGGAUACGUGUGAUCAUAUGUGCGGAAUACUUGAUGAAAUACUCAGUAAACAGCAGUUGGUCCCUGUGACUCCUUUGGAAAGACAGGAAUGUUGUAUCUGGAAACUAGGUUCAGAGACAGGGGACAGCAGCAGAAGUUUGCUCCAGGGCAGUGCGAUAGAUGUCCGUGUGUUCUGAGGCUUAGACUGCCCUGGAAGACUUCUGUUGCUUCAAAAGGAGUCUCAGUUGACAAAAAACAUGUCCUGUGUUGUGUAAUUCCAUUCUCCAGAGAUGCGGAAGAAGACUAGAUAGCAAUCUUAGUAGUGUGGUUUGACUGCACACUAGCCUUGGAACCAGAGGCAAAGGACAGGAUGCUUCAUCCAGACCCGUCUGUGUCAGGGGGAGAAAUACUGCUUUUCCUGGGUGCAGGAUAUAACCCUUUCUUCAGUCCACCAAGUGCCUAAUAAAUCUGCAUUUCUCUUCAGACAUACACGUCCUUUAGAGACUUCUUUCUUUAUCUUCUGUCGCUGGUGCCUGCUCACUGGUCAGGGACAAUGCUGUCAACUAUUUUCUCAUGUAAUUUUCCAGCUUAGUCUCGUCCCUUGGUUGUGUACAAGUAAAAUUACUCGUGUGACAAGACUCCUCAUGGAGCACAGCUCUGUGUUUCCACCCUUCGUGUGAUGGGUGGAUGAGAGCUCUAUGUAAAGGCACAGAGUUUGCACCUUAAAAAUGAGUGUCUGCUUAUAUGUGUUUGGUAUAUAUGGAAACAAACUUGUUUCCACAUUGCCUGGAAUUUCCAUUCGUAGACAUUUCCUGCCAGAGUGCCCCUUACAUUUGUAAGCAGCAACCUAUACCUUGCAGGAAAGGCAUUCCUGUUGUGAAAUGAAACUCUAGCCCAUCGCUGAUUAAAUCUUUUAGGAACAAAAUCUCAGAGGCAUUGCUUUGUACUUGGGAGAACAAUUCUCCUUUAAAAAAAAAAAAAAAAUCCUAGUGAUGUUAGCUCUCUUGGCCGACUAGUGGCACAAAGGCAAACUGCUGGUCCACGAGUUCUGAAUGGCCAAGGAAGCAGCUGGACUUGCAGCACAUUCCUGGCUACAAAGCUCUGCCAGGGAUAAGCCCUGUAUAGCAAAAGGCUCCCACAAAGGAACGUGGGAGUGAAGGGAUGCUUUCCACCCAGAUGUGCCAGUAGCGUGUUUAUUUAGUGUGGUGCCUCUGCAGAGAUAAAACUGCUUCCUUUGGGUGUCCUCUUCUGUCGUUUGUUUAGCUGGAGAACUUCAUGAGUAAUGCAUGGACUCAUCUGGCCAGUGUAAAGUAUUUCACAGCCCAAGGCUUUGCUUAUAGAGAGCACGGGAGCAACUGCAGACAGCCGUUCAUCUUCCUGUUAUCAGCAAAGGUUUCUCUUUAACAGCUAGAGAUUUUAUUUUUAACUGCUUGACUCAGUGCUCGUCAGAUGAUUGGGACCAUCUAGCUGCAGAUUGAAGCAGCCAGUGCGGGGGUGGGUUGGGGGAGGGGGCUGGAAUGGCAAUGGGAAAGGGGAUGGCUGGGAAAGGGGGAGGGAUCUUAAGAGUCGUGCCUCUCAGCCUCUGCCUCCCUCCCAGUGUGGAAGAGUUCAGCACUCCCACCCGCUGGAGUGUGUCUGUCUGCAGGUCAAGCUGGGAACUCUGAAAGAAUGGCUGCCUUAUGUCACUUAAAGAUUAUUGCCCUGUGAUUAGUGUGCUGUGAGGAGGAGCAGGACCUGAAUAUUCAUUCUGUGCUCUCCACUGUCCUGUGCACUGAGCUUCUCUCCCGCUGGAUGCUGCCUGUUUCUACAAGUCUUCACCAUGAUCGAUAGCUCCAAGAAGCAGCCACAAGGCUUCCCAGAGAUUUUAACUGCUGAGGAUUUCGAACCUCUCAAAGAAAAGGAAUGCUUUGAGGGGAGCAACCAGAAAAGUCUCAAGGAAGUGCUCCAGCUGAAGCUGCAACAGAGGAGGACAAGAGAGCAGCUAGUGGACCAGGGCAUCAUGCCACCUCUGAAGAGUCCAGCAGCAUUCCAUGAGCAGAUCAAAAGCCUGGAGCGAGCCAGAACUGAAAACUUUCUGAAACACAAGAUCCGGAGCCGCCCAGAUCGUUCUGAGCUGGUCAGGAUGCACAUUUUAGAAGAAACAUUUGCAGAGCCAUCUCUUCAAGCCACACAGAUGAAGUUGAAGAGAGCUCGGUUGGCAGAUGACCUGAAUGAGAAGAUUGCUCAAAGGCCUGGUCCCAUGGAGCUGGUGGAGAAGAACAUCCUUCCUGUAGAUUCGAGUGUCAAGGAAGCGAUUAUAGGUGUGGUGAAGGAGGACUAUCCUCACACUCAUGGUGAGUUCUCAUUUGAUGAAGAUAGCAGUGAUGCUUUGUCUCCAGAUCAGCCAGCGAGCCAAGAGUCCCAGGGCUCAGCUGCAUCCCCCAGUGAGCCAAAAGUCAGUGCCUCACCACCUCCUGUCACUGCAAGCACUCCAGUCCAGUUUACCUCAGUGUCCCCAGCAGUUCCUGAAUUCUUGAAAAGCCCUGUGGACCAGCCUCCCACGAGGUCUACAGCUUCUGUCCUCCCCACGAACACUGUGUCCUCAGCAAAGUCUGGCCCAACACUGGUGAAGCAAAGCCAUCCCAAGAAUCCAAACGACAAACACCGUAACAAAAAAUGCAAAGACCCGAAACCCCGAGUGAAGAAGCUCAAGUACCACCAGUACAUUCCGCCCAACCAAAAAGGGGAGAAGAGCGAGCCACACAUGGACUCCAACUAUGCCCGCCUGCUCCAGCAGCAGCAGCUCUUCCUACAGCUGCAGAUCCUGAGCCAGCAGCAGCAGCAGCAACAGCAGCAGCACUACAACUACCAGACCAUCCUGCCCGCACCUGUCAAAACUGACAAGAACAGCAGCAGCAGCAGCAGCAGCAGCAGCAGCAGCAGCACAGGUGUGCCGGCGAGGAGGCCAGGACCCCUGCCUUCUAGCUUGGAUGACUUAAAGGUGUCAGAGCUGAAAACAGAACUCAAACUGAGGGGUCUGCCAGUGUCAGGAACUAAACCAGACCUCAUUGAACGCCUGAAACCCUACCAGGAAGUGACCAGUAAUAACCUUGCCACUGGCAGUAUUGUGGCAGUGUCAUCAGCAGCUAUUGUCACCAGUAACCCAGAGGUCACAGUGACACUGCCAGUCACAACACUGCAUAAUGCUGUAACCAACUCUGUGUCCACUUUCAAGGCAGACUUGCCACCUUCUGGAUCCAGCAGUGUGCCCCAUGUCGAAAAUGCCCAUUCCCCUUUGCCCAUCUCGCCAUCACCCUCCGAGCAGUCCAGUCUCAGUACCGAUGACACAAACAUGACAGACACCUUCACGGAGAUCAUGACCAUGAUGUCACCUUCCCAGUUCUUGUGUUCAUCUCCCCUGAGGGUGGCAAGCCAUGAGGACAGCCUGAGCCCCACCAGUAGCACCCUGUCAACCCUAGAACUGGAUGCCGCUGAGAAGGACCGCAAGCUUCAGGAGAAGGAGAAGCAGAUUGAAGAGCUGAAGAGGAAACUGGAACAGGAACAGAAGCUGGUGGAAGUCCUCAAGAUGCAGCUGGAGGAGGAAAAACGUGGGCAGCAGCGACCCCCAGGUCCUCAGCCCAAUGGUUCCACACAUCCCUUUACAUCAGAUCUGAAACUUGGCAAUGUCCGGUCCUCCGUCAAAGAUGAGACCUCACUCCCUGACUGCUCCAGCCCCCAGCAGUCCAUCCCAGUGCCUGGCCAUUCUGUAGGCCAGCCCAUCUCCACAGGUAGCCAGACCCUUGUUGCCAAAAAGGCUGUGGUCGUCAAGCAGGAGGUCCCCAUGGCCCAAACAGAGCAGCAGAAUGUUGUCUCGCAGUUCUACCUGAGCUCCCAGGGACAGCCACCUGCCUUUGUUGCUCAGCCUCAGGCCUUACUGACCACACAGACAACCCAGCUACUGUUACCGGUGUCCAUCCAGGGUUCAAAUGUUACUUCAGUGCAACUCCCAGUAGGCAGCCUCCAACUCCAGACACCAGCACAAGGAGGCGUCCAGGCUCAGCCUCAGGUAGCUGCAGCCACACAGGUCCCAGCAGCAGCCCUGCCCUCAGCCUUGGCCUCAGCCCUGCCUCAGAAGCAGGAGGCCUUCCCACAGCAUGUGUUGGUCCAGCCUCAACCAGUCAGAAAGGUCUUCACAAACUCGGCACCAAACACAGUUCUUCAGUACCAGAGACAGCCUGGCCCAGCGACCCCGCAGCCCUUUGUCAGUAAGACCUCUAACCCUGCUGUUCAAUCUAGAAGCACCCCACUUGUACCCCUGCAAAAUGGACCUGGCCCAGCCAGCAAGCCUAGCUCACCACCCCCACCUCAGCAAUUUGUUGUCCAGCACUCUUUGUUUGCGACCCCAGUCACAAAGACAAAAGAUCCACCUCGGUAUGAGGAAGCCAUCAAGCAGACACGCAGCACCCAGUCAGCCCUUCCAGAGGUUUCCAGUGUGCACAGUCAGCAGAUGGAUGACCUCUUCGACAUCCUCAUAAAGAGUGGAGAGAUUUCCUUCCCGAUAAAAGAAAAGCCUUCUCCAAUUUCCAAGAUGAAACCAGUGACAGCCAGCAUCACUACAAUGCCAGUCAAUACAGUGGUGUCUCGGCCUCCGCCGCAGGUCCAAAUAGCACCGCCUGUAUCCUUAGAACCUGUGAACAGUUUAUCUGCCAGCCUAGAGAACCAGCUGGAAGCCUUCUUGGAUGGAGCUCUGCCCUCAGCCAAUGACAUUGCCCCACUACAGGGCAGCAGUGAGGACAGAGAGCCUUUGUCUCUGAUCGAGGAUCUCCAGAACGACUUGCUGAGUCACUCCAGCAUGCUGUACCAGUCUCACUCUCCCAUGGAGACCUCUGAGGCCCAGUUUGUGUCAGGGACGCCCUGUCUGUCUCUUGACCUGUCAGACCCCAACCUGGACAACAUGGAGUGGCUCGACAUCACCAUGCCCACCACAUCCUCUGGGCUCACUCCACUGAGCACCACUUCACCAAGCAUGUUCUCUACUGAUUUUCUGGACCCACAGGACCUGCCACUGCCAUGGGACUAAGGUCACAGGUCACUUGUCUCAGAGCUCAUAAGAUUUGGAAACAUGAAAACAA